AUGAAGACCUAUGCAAUACCGCACAAAUAUACAAAGAUCAGGUCCAGUCCCUUUUUGAAUACCCUCAAUCUGAGGAUAGAGCAGAGCAACUCUCUGCAAAAGCUCCUGCAAGAGGAGCAGAACAAGAAUGAGGCCCUCAAUGAUCAGCUGAAAGAGGAAAUAAAGGCCAAAACUGCAGCACAGCAAGAGGCGGUGCAGCUGCAGAAACAGAGGGACAAGCUUCAAGCAAAACUGGGGACUCUCACAUCUGUCCUGGACCACAAGAGGCGUGCAAGCCAAGAGGCCAUGGAGAAGAAUGAGGCCAUCAACAAUCAGGGGAAAGAGGAGGCAAAGGCCAAAACUGCGGCACAGAGAGACGUGGAGCAGUUACAGAGAGAGAGAGACAAUCUCCAAACUAAAGUGUUGUCUCUCACAGCCGCCCUGGACCAAGAGAGUCAUGAAAAGGAACAACUGCAGGCCAAAGUGCAGGAGAAGGAGAGGACAAUAGACUCUCUCACAGCCGAUGUUUCAUCUUUAAGAUUUGCUUCAAACAAGGAUAAAACAAAGAUCAGCGCUUCAAGUCAGGAACAAAUACACAGUCUACAAAAGACAGUUCUAAAAACUGAACAGGAGAUGACAUGCCUGAAGGAAACCCAUGAAAAACAGAUGUGGACAAUGAAGUUAAAGGUGCAGGAGAUAUCAGAGGCUCUGAACACUUCAAAGAGCAACAACUCUGCUCUGAAGCCAGAACAUGAUGAACUCCAGGAAACAACAGAAAGGAAACAGGAGAAAAGGGUGAAGUGGUGGAGAAAGUGGUCGUCCUUGAGAGGAGCAAAGGUCCAUCCUAUGAGUGUUGCGUCUGUUUAA